CUCCUUGCUCCACCACACGGAAGUAACAGUAGCAGUUUGUGUUUACGCUGUGCAUUUUCCGAAAAAAAAAAAAAAAAACAUUAGCCACAAACUCACCUGUGUAAUGCAUUUUCAGGUGGCGCAGCCAUAGCUAUGCCUCGGUACUGUGCCGUGAAAGUUUGCAGAAACCGCGGAGGAACUGCGUCGAAACAAGAGGACAAGAGAAUUAGCUUUUACCCGUUUCCCUUGCAGGACAAGCCCAGGCUGCAGAAAUGGGUGGACAACAUGAAGCGAGAGGAGUGGACCCCGAGCCGACAUCAGUACCUGUGCAGCGAGCACUUCACAGACGACUGCUUCGAUAUCCGCUGGGGGAUCCGAUACCUGAAGAGCACCGCCAUCCCCACCAUUUUUCCCUCCAUCCAAGAUGGGAGUGACACAAAAGUCACCAACGGUAAAAGGAACAUUAAAGCCAAAGCCAGGACUUGUGAUAUUAACAGUGAACCCACCAGGCCCAGCUCCCCACCCAGUAAGAGGCCACUCAUUUUGACCCGGACGUCCAAAGCCGCUCAGCCAACGACAACAAUAAGCAGUCUCUCUGAGGACAGAGAGACGACAGAACCUAUUCAUGUUGGAUUAUUUGAGCUACCGCUGGUCUCUGACACUUGCACCUCUUCUAACAUGUCGCUAAACGGGGCCUUAUUCUCAGAGAUUCAGACUUCUGCUUGCAAGCUGCCGGGUGACAGUGGCACUCUGACAGCAUCAUGCCUUACACUGUCCGGCGGGGACGAGCUUCACACUCAAGGCGACACCGAGCCACCUGUGACCGUGCUGUGCUGUGAAUCCUUGGGCCCCUUUUCCGAAGGCGAGGCCGCCAUGGAUGCAGCUGCCCUCCAAGCAGCGCUGGGCCAGACCUUUAGCUUCGUUCCCAUGGAAAUGAUCAACGGCGAAUCUGUAGACUUUGUGUCAGAGGACACAGGACCCAGUGAGGGGGAGAACAUUUGCGUUUACGAGCACUCGUACUGCAGACCGGACACGGACAGAGAGCAGCUUUGGGGUAAGAUCUUGAAUUUGCAUGCAAAGAUCUUGGAACUGGACCGCAGGGAGGAGAGCACUGUGGCCAAAAUCCGUUCCCUGGAGAGUGAGAUCGUACACCUGAAGAGGGAUGGUGCUGUUUUUAAGGAAAAGCAGAAGGUAUUAGAAGAUUAUAUAUCAUCCAUAUUGCUCUGAUAUUGCACUUGAUUAGCAGUUAAGGACUCUCCUUGAAUGAGAUUGGAGAUUGGUUGCAUUGUAGCUACCAUUCAGACAUGUUACACUCCAGUGAUUGUCUCAACAUGCAUAUUACAUAAUAGCAAAAUUUUGUCUGAUAAUCUUGUGUAACAAGGUUAUAGAUGACAUGCCAUUUCUUAUAAAAGCUGCUGACAGCUUAAAAUGUAUCACACAGUUGCAAAUCUGAUUACCUGGCUAUCUCCACAUGGUGGCACUGUCUGACUGUUUUGAUAGAAACCAUUGCAGUCUUCAUGGAAGCAUCGGUUCUCAGCGGCUUGUUGCUUUUGCAAAUCUUUUUAUCAAUGUAUUUAUGUUGUAUGUCCUUGAAGUUUCUCUGUGAAAUUGGAUGUCCUUAACAUAUUUUCUUAAUUUAUUUACUGCUCUUACAUGCUGUUGUGCUUUUUAUUAAAGUAAUACA